UUUCACUAGAUAAGCGCUUGUUCUAAAUACGACCUUUCCCUUUGCUAUUUAUCUGGAAGAAGACACUUGACACGAUACUACACUUGAAUGAUAGCCUCAGCCCGGCGCGCCCGUCUCUCUUCCUACAGGCUAGGAGAUCUCAAGAAGCUCAUCACUGCACGUUUGUCACGUCUGCAUACCCCCUCACGCCCACGUCUCCACACCCCCACACUUCACACCCCCUCACUCCUACGUGCUGCCUCCACCAUGAGUCGCUCUACAGUGGACCUGGGUCACAUGACAAUUAAGCUCCUCCCAGCAUUGUCGGACAACUACAUGUACCUCCUCAUUGACAAGAGCACCAAACAAGCUGCCACUGUCGACCCUGUCAAGCCAGAACAUAUUGUGUCUGCUGUAGAGAGCGAGGGACUCCACCUAUCCACUGUCCUCACCACCCACCACCACCUUGACCAUGCUGAGGGCAAUGAGAAGCUUGUCUCCAUGGUGACUGGACUGACUGUGUGCGGUAAUGACGACAGAAUUGGAGCUCUCAAUAAAACAGUCAAACACAACGAUCAGUUCAAGGUGGGCAGUCUGACUGUGACGUGUCUAGAGACUCCGUGUCAUACAAAGGGGCACAUCUGUUACUAUGUAACUAGUGAGGACCUCUCGGACAAGGUUGUCUUCACAGGGGACACUCUAUUUGUUGGUGGUUGUGGCCGCUUCUUUGAGGGCACUCCUGAACAGAUGCAUCAUGCUCUCUGUCAAGUGUUGUCCUCUCUGCCCCCCGACACUGGUGUGUACUGUGGCCAUGAGUACACUGUUAGUAACCUGCUGUAUGCCCAACACGUGGAGCCAGACAACAAAGCUCUCAGUGAGAAGCUACAGUGGGCCAAGGAUAAGCGUGAGAGGGACACACCCACCAUCCCCUCCACCAUAGGACAGGAGUUGUCCUUUAACCCCUUCAUGAGAGUGAGUGAGGCGAGUGUACAGAAUCAUUGUAAGACAACCGACCCUAUCUCUACUAUGAAGUUUCUAAGAGAAGAGAAAAAUGGAUUCAAGCCAAAGAUGUGAAUAACUAAAAUAAUAUGGACUGGAUAGCUGUAUUGGUGUCUAUGCAGUCUACUAUUAUCUAUAGUGGUGAACACAUAAUUAUCGCAUGCUUUCAUAGUUAUUGUUCUCUCUA